CACGCGCUCAACGUAGUGUGUCCAUAAUCCACCCAACAGACCUGGACUUGUGUCCUCACUCCCAUUAUCUCCUUCUCUAAAACCCCAUUUUCCCCCCAAUUUUCAGAUAAAUCCUCCCUCAAUCUCUUCCCUUCUAUUCCAUUCAUGGAGCAGCCAUGAAUCACUGCCGCCGUCGCCGCCUUUUCCUCCGUCACAACCGUCCCCAUGCUCAUCUUCACUGCCAAUCUUAACUUGCACCUCCCUUUAACCUUUCCCCUUCGGCCCUCUCCACCACUCUCCACCACCACUUCCACUGCUGACACCGCCGCUGCCGCUACCGCUGUCCGCCCCUUCCUGGUGCACAGCACCGCCCGUCAAACUAGUUUCACUGACCUCUCUCUCCUAUCCGAUGCGUCUUCCAGUUCCUUAGAACAGAGACUCUUAUCACAGCUACGCCAGAGGAAAACGGAUGAGGCCUGGAUUACGUAUACCCAAUGUACUAAUCUACCCAGCCCUACUUGUCUCAGCCGUUUAGUUUCUCAAUUGUCUUACCAAAACACCCCUUCGAGCCUCACUCGAGCUCAGUCCAUCCUCACGCGCCUCCGCCAUGACAACCAGCUCCACCGUCUCGACGCCAAUUCCCUCGGCCUCCUUGCCGUUGCUGCCGCCAAGGCUGGACACACUCCUUACGCCAGUUCUGUCAUUAAGUCCAUGCUUCGUUCAGGUUACCUUCCCCACGUAAAAGCGUGGAGCGCCGUCGUCAGCCGCCUUGCAGCUUCACCAGACGGUGGACCUGCAGAAGCAAUCAAGCUAUUCAGUUCAGUGACUCAGCGCCUCCGCCGGUUUGCAGAUCCGGCAAUAACAGCUGACUCGCGGCCGGACACAGCGGCCUUUAACGGCGUUCUCAAUGCCUGCGCCAACAUGGGUGCCUAUGAGAAGUUUCUGCAAUUGUUCGAGGAAAUGGGAGAAUUUGGUGCUGAGCCUGAUGUUUUGACUUUCAAUGUCAUGAUCAAGCUCUGUGCGAGAGCCAAUAGGAAGGAUCUUAUUGUGUAUGUGUUGGAGAUGAUCCUUGCAAAGGAUAUUCCAAUGUGUAUGACGACUUUGCAUUCGGUUGUGGCGGCUUAUGUAGGGUUUGGAGAUUUGGAAACGGCUGAGAAGGUAGUUCAAGCAAUGAGAGAAGGGAAAAGAGAUAUUUGCAGGAUUCUCAGGGAUGGUAAUUUGAAGGAGAUCGAAGAUGCGGAAGAUUUGAAUGAAUAUGAAGAUGAAGAUGAAGAUGAGAUAUUCAAGAAGUUGCUUCCUAAUUUGAAUGAAGAUAGUGAUUCAGAGCCACCGUUGUUGCCAAAAGCCUAUUCUCCUAACUCGAGAAUUUAUACGACUCUGAUGAAAGGGUAUAUGAAUGAGGGUCGAGUAGCUGAUACAAUACGCAUGCUCGAGGCGAUGCGCAAUCAGGGUGAUCAAUCCAGUCAUCCUGAUCAUGUAUCAUAUACGACUGUAGUUUCGGCUCUGGUAAAGGCAGGGUCGAUGGACCGAGCACGUCAAGUGCUUGCUGAAAUGACAAGAAUUGGGUGUCCUGCUAAUAGAAUUACCUACAAUAUUCUCCUAAAGGGUUAUUGCAGGUUGCUUCAGAUGGACAAGGCCAGGGAGCUGCUUAAGGAGAUGGUCAAUGGGGCAGGCAUUGAACCUGAUGUGGUUUCUUAUAACAUCUUGAUUGAUGGAUGCAUACUGGUCGAUGAUAGUGCAGGAGCUCUUGGGUUCUUUAAUGAGAUGCGAUCGAAAGGAAUAGCACCCACCAAGGUUAGUUAUACCACUCUGAUGAAAGCUUUUGCUCAUUCGGGUCAACCAAAGCUAGCGAGGAAAGUGUUUGAUGAAAUGUUGAAUGAUCCUAGAGUGAAAGCUGAUAUAGUAGCCUGGAAUAUGUUGAUUGAAGGGUAUUGUAGGCUAGGAUUGAUAGAAGAAGCAAAACAAUUAGUCCAGAAAAUGAAAGAGAAUGGAUUUUUCCCUGAUGUUUCUACAUAUGGCAGUCUCGCCAAUGGAAUUUCUUUAGCUAGAAAACCAGGUGAAGCCCUUCUGCUAUGGAACGAAGUAAAGGAGAGAUGUUCAGUGAAUAGACAUAAGUCUGAUUCUUCAUCUCCCCCUUCCUUGAAACCUGAUGAAGGGCUAUUGGAUACUCUAGCCGAUAUAUGUGUCCGGGCUGCUUUCUUUAGGAAGGCUCUAGAAAUCGUGGCUUGUAUGGAAGAGUAUGGGAUUCCACCCAACAAGACAAAGUACAGUAGAAUUUACGUGGAAAUGCAUUCUAGGAUGUUUACUAGUAAACAUGCAUCAAAGGCCAGACAGGAUAGAAGGAUUGAGAAGAAGAGAGCAGCUGAGGCUUUCAAGUUUUGGUUGGGUUUGCCCAAUUCUUAUUAUGGGAGUGAGUGGAGAUUGGAGCCUUUAGAUCGUGAUUAUUAAAUUAAGCCUGGCUUCGGAUCAUUCCAACUUAUUUCUCAUUGGUCCUCUACCUCAACCGUUCGGUGUGUCACUGUAGUAUAUUGUCAAGGAUUCCAAUAGAAAAUAAGGAGGAAAAGAAAAUACGAAAAAGUAGAAAUAUUUAUACUGCAUAUUUGAUUUUGUAAAAGUUUUCUGAGGGAAGAUAAUACAUUGGACUGCAUAAUGCUAAUGAAACAAAGUGCUUAUUAUGUAUGUA